UUUUGCACGCGAAUACCCUGACAUAUCCUGCUGUGCCACAUCCACAAGCAAAGCAAGGAAUCGUCCCCCCUGCCACACUAGCUAGUAUGUCAUCUUUGUUACCAAGGGAAGCUACGAAUCCCACAUUUCCUCACUCCAGAGAUCGUAUGCUGAAAUUCUUGCGUGUCCAUGUCAUCAUCGUCUCUAACCUUUCUCGGUUCAGAUUCCAUCCAUCCGUGCUGUUGUUACCUUGAACUGCCACUCCCUCUUGUGCACCCUACCUACCUAUAUAAUAUUAUAAUGCAUGGUGGUCGCCUACAGUGCGGCGGCCUGCGGCACCCUUGGUGGAUAACUCUAGCUAACUAGACACCGCCGACCAUGCCGGCCAUGGCCGGCGACGACGACAUCACGGUGCACGUGGAGUGGCUGGCGCGCCGCCUGACGCAGCAGCAGGAGGACGCGGCGGCCACGGAGCAGCACCGGAUCAUGGUGAACACCCUCCGCGUGUCCCGCGUCCCGGGCCACGUCCGCAUCCCCAACCCGGACGCCUACACGCCGGGGCUCGUCGCCAUCGGCCCGCUCCACGCCAAGGACGCUGAGCGCCGGCUCCGCCCGGGCAACCGGCUCAAGAUGGCCUACCUCCACAGCCUAAUCUCCAGGGGCCACCCGGACCCGGCGCGCCACCUCGCCGUCAUCCAGGGGUACGUCCGCCUCGUCGCCGCGCGCGAGCGGGAGGCCCGCGCCAUGUACGCCGCCGAGGACGUGGACGACGUCAGGGCCGAGGACUUCAUCCAGAUGCUGGUGCUCGACGGCUGCUUCAUCAUCGAGCACCUCGUCAACGUCGCCACGGGCAAGGAGGAGCAGUCGCUGCACGCCACCCCGUUCGGCCCGGCGCAGCUGUCCGUGGACCUCGUCCUCGCCGAGAACCAGAUCCCCUUCUUCGUCCUCGUCGACCUCAUCAACAGCACCAGGCUGCCGGAGUUCGACUCCACGGGCUACGCCCCCCCGGUCCUGCUCAUGAAGCUGGUGCUCUACUACCUCGGCGGCGAGAAGGGCCGCGACAUGAGCGAGGCGCUGCCGCCCGCGGACGCCGUGUUCCACAUCCUGCACCUGCUCCACGCGAUGGUCAGCGCGGCGCGCACCAGGUGGGAGCCGCCGCCGCGGAUCCAGGGCGGCGCGACGCUGGAGAUGAUGCAGGAGGCGGCGCGGCUGCUGCGGCGCCUCCCGCUGCUGCUCCUGGUGCCGCUGCUGUACCCGAUCCUGCCCGAGGAGCGGCGGUGGCGCGCGAGCUACGGGCGGGAGGACCUGCCGUCGGCGAGCGACCUGAAGCGGAUGUGGGUGCGGUUCAAUAAGGCGCGCGGCGGGAGCAGCAGCAAGGCCCCGGCUGGCAUCGCGUCGGUGCUGGGGCCGGUGCCGCUGGCCGUGAAGCUGGCGCACGAGGACCGGCUGCGGCUGCCGCAGCUGCGGAUCGAGUUCCGGACGGCGCCGCUGCUGCUGAAUCUGAUGGCGUUCGAGCAGUCGGCGGAGCAGCGCGCGGGGGCCGUGUCUGCGUACGUGUGGCUGAUGGCGAAGCUGGUGCAGUCGGCGGAGGACGCGGGGGUGCUGGUGGCGGCGGAGGUGGUGCAGAGCAGCGCGACGGGGAGCGAGAGCAAGGAGGACGUGGCGCGGUUCUUCCGGCAGGUGGGCGCGGCGAGCGAGGCGGCGGGGGAGCUGGAGAAGAGCUACCUGGGGGAGACGCUGCGGAAGCUGCGGGAGCGGAGCCAGCACCCGCUCUUCAUGAUGUGGGCGGACGUGCAGCGCAACUACUUCACCGUGCCAUGGGCCGUCGUCGCCGAGUUCGUCACGUUCAUCACCUUCAUCUCCACCAUACUGCAGACCUACGGAUCCUUCAAGCACUGAUGACUCCACCAGAAAUCCACUCAAGAAUCAAACUCAGUUAGCUGCACUCGACUCAAUUUUCUUGAAGAAACAAAAUUUAAUUAAUUUGUACGGUGAUUCAUUCGUUUAUUUUCCCCUAAGGAUCGAAAAUGCCUAACUGUAUGAUUAUUCUUUUGUUAAUCCUAAGUUAUAUUUUGAUUAAUUCGAUCAAAGUAUACAGUUUACUCA